AUGUCUAUAGUAUAUGCAAUAAUAGCAAAAGGAAAUGACACAACAUUAGUCGAUUUUUCAUUUUUGAGUGCCAAUUUUGAAAUAAUAACUAAGAAUUUAUUACCAAAAUUAUAAUAAAACGAAAAAGUUACAUUUGAAUAUAAUCCUGAAUAUAUGUUCCAUUAUAUAAACGAAAAUAACUUCACUUAUUUAUGUAUUUCCUAGACUUAAUUUCCUUAAAGAAUAGCCUUUACAUUUUUAAAUGAAAUUUAAUCCCUUUUUAAAUCUUAAUUUUCAGAAAACGAAAGAUUGAACGGUAUAUAAUAUGCAUUUAAAGGUUAAUUUGAGGAUACUAUAAAAUUAAAAAUGGUAUUUUAUAUUUAUAAUAUAAAAUUAUUAAAUAAAAAAAAGAAAUAUUAUAAUUCUAAUCCUGAUGAUAAUUUAAUAAAAAUAAAAAAUAAUUUAAAUGAAAUUAAAUCCGUAAUGAAUGAUAAUAUAGAAAAAGUACUUGAAAAGAAAAAAAAUUGA